UCGACCUGCUUCGCGUGCGCGCACCCGCUACGUCUUCGACAAGCUCGCCUCCCCCCGUUCCGCGCCAACAAUGGAGAACGGAAAGACCAUCGAGCCGUCCGGUCUGGCGCAGAUCAAGUUCGAUGGCGACAGCCCGUUCGAGCUGUUCCAGUCGUGGCGAAAAGACGCCAUCAACACGGACCUCGUGCUGCCCGACGCUCUCACGUUCGCCACCUGCAACGGGGACGGGAAGGUGACGGCUCGUACAGUCCGCCUCAGGAGAAUAGAGCCAGACGGAUUCGUCAUCAUGACGGACCGCCGCAGCCGCAAGGCGAGGGACCUGGCCGAAGUUCCGUCUGGGGCGAUGGUGUUCCUCUGGUGCUACGUGGACGACGAGGGCCGAACGGUCAACAGGCAGGUGCGUGUGGAAGGGGAAGUACUGGAGCUGCAGCCAGAGCAGUACCAAGAUCUGUAUGAUGCAGAGCCACUCUUCUGCAAGAUACGGUCUCACAUCUGCCAGCAAGGGAAGCCUGUUGACUGGUAUGAGCACAAGCGCCAUCAUGACGAGGUGUAUGACCGUGUACGUAAUGAGGGCCUCGAACUGCCCAUGCCGCCUCACUUUGUGGCCUACAAGCUUGUGGCGAACAUAAUGGAUUUUUAUUAUGCUUAUGACGAACUGAUUGGUGACAGAUUACUGUUCGUGCUUGACCCAGAUACAAAAAAAUGGAAGUACAAUCAUGUAUAUGCUUAAAUACAUUAAGAACUACAAACACUGCCAUUUGUUUAUGUAUUACCAUUUUAUAUUAGCGUUAUCAUAAAUUCAAUGAACUUUAUUGUGUACCACAUUUUUGUUAGCAGUUUUUGUUUGUUUGUCAUAUAUAAUUAUUUUUGAACAAAUGAAUUUGUUACACUAUCAAGUUCAUAAGUGCAAAAGAGAAUACACUUGAAUGUGCUAUUGUGAUCCUUUGUAAAAAUAAAGGUGAAAAAAUGAUAGUGGUUACAGCAGUUAUCUUUUCAAGCUUCAAAGUUAUCACUUACUAUUGAUAUCUUUUGGGUUAUUCUGUGUGUGUUUAUGUCAACAUUCCUCAUUGUAUGUCAGAACUUAAUAUAUAUUUGUUAUCCUUUGUUCAAUAUGAAAUUGUAUUCAUUUUUGUUUACAAUUACAAGCCUACAAUUUAUGUUUGUUACUACAGCUAUUUUUUCACAUUACUUAAUAUAAUCCAUCUUAUAUAUGUAUUACAUAUGUAAUUUGUAUACAAUUACAAUAUCAGCAUGCUGAACACAUUUCUGUACCUUCAUUGCUUCUAAGGAAAUGAGAGUAUGUAUCAUGAAUAUGACAGUUCACUAUUGUAUACUUUGUGAGCCUGUUUCUGUGAAUUCACAUAAUUUAACAUUGCGAGUUAGGUAAUUUUUAAUUUCCUAUUUCAUACACUGUUACUUUCUUCAGUGGUGACACACCACUUAUAUCAUCCACACAUGAUAUAUAGUUGACUACCAAUGAAGUCAGACAUAUACUUACAGAAAAUGUAAUUAGGUCAACAUUUAUAGCUUUUCAUUGACAUUUUACUGAUGUUUAAGGAUAAGUUGGACCAGUUUCUAGCCCAAUAACUCAGUCACUCUACCUCAAAAAUUAUUGGGACCAAAUAUCAUUGUUAUUUCUCUUACUCAUCAAGGCACAAGAGUGUAGUAGUGUUUACUAUAGGUUUGAUACAUGUUUGACCUGUGUGUUUAAUGUGCCAAAAUAAAUAAUACUUUUGAACAUACAA